AUGUCUGAAAAUAAAGAUGUUACAAAAAAGGAUACUGACCCCGAGCUCGAUGAUUUAUUGGACAGUGCACUUCAAGACAUGACACAAAAACCAGAACAGACUGAAGACAAAUCCGAUGGAGAUGCACCCCCUAACAUGUGGAGUGAAGAGUUUAUAAAAGAAGCAGCAGCUCAAUUUGAGAGUAAUAUGGCAGCAAUAUUAGGCAGUUUCAGUGGUGUUCCAGAUGAACAAAUUACUCAAGAGCAAAUUGCUCAAACCUUCUCAAAAAUGGCUGAGGCAGCGGCACAAGUACUUAAACCAGAUGCAAGUGCAACUGAGUCACCUGCGACCGAUGCAGCCACUCAAGAGAAAAUUAAUGAGGUAUCAGAAGCAAUAACUCGAACUCUGCAGAAUUUAAAUACAGACACAGAAAAUCUUCAGACACCAUUUUCUGAAAAUGACUUAGCAAAUAUGUUUGCGAACUUCAACAUGGGAGAAGGUGGACAGGAUAGCAAUAUGUUUGUACCAUUUAUGCAAGGUAUGAUGCAAUCGUUACUGUCCAAGGAGGUUCUGUACCCGUCACUCAAGGACCUUGUUGAUAGGUACCCAACAUGGCUGGCUGAGAAUAAAGGCAAGAUUGAACAAAGUGAAUAUGAAAGAUUUGAAAAGCAACAAAAGCUUAUGGAAGAGGUAUGUGCGGAGUUGGAACCAGAACAAGAGUCUGACCCAGAGGAUGUCAAGAGAAAGCGUUUUGAAAUUGUCCUCAAUCUUAUGCAGCAGAUGCAAGACCUUGGUCAGCCCCCAACAGAGCUGGUGGGUGACAUUGGAUCCCCACCGCAGGGCUUUGCACCACCAGCUGGACAGGAUCCCAGCCAAUGUUCAAUUAUGUAG